GCUGCUGCUGUGAGACCGCGACCAGUGCGCACGGACUCAGCCCCUCACUAGGCACAGGCCGGGGAGAAAAGCAAAGCGCCACGGUGGGGUCCAAGCCGGGGCUCCUGCUUCACCUCUGGGACAGACACGCGCCGCCUAACUUCCGUGCCCCGUCCCCGGACGCGCACCCGCGGCGUCGUGCGCUCUAGCCGGCACAUCCGCGCGCGGCACAAGCGCGCCCCGCGGCAGGUCCCGGCCGAGGGCGAUGCGUGCAGGGGGCCGGGCAGCUGGGCUCGGGCGGCGGGAGUAGGGCCCCGCCGGGAGGCAGGGAGGCUGCGGGGUUAGAACCGCCGCUGGCUGAGACGGCCCUUGCUCCACGCAACACCUGCUGCCGCCGAGCGCCGCGAUGAGCCGCGCGGUCUCGCUGCUGCUGGGCGUCGCGCUGCUCUGCGGCCACGGAGCCUUCUGCCGCCGAGUGGUCAGCGGUCAAAAGGUGUGUUUUGCUGAUGUCAAGCAUCCCUGUUACAAAAUGGCCUAUUUCCAUGAGCUGUCCAGCCGAGUGAGCUUCCAGGAGGCACGCCUGGCCUGUGAAAGUGAGGGAGGAGUUCUCCUCAGCCUUGAGAAUGAAGCAGAACAGAAGUUAAUAGAGAGCAUGUUGCAAAACCUGACAAAGCCUGGAACAGGGAUUUCUGAUGGUGACUUCUGGAUAGGGCUUUGGAGAAAUGGAGAUGGACAAACAUCUGGUGCCUGCCCAGAUCUCUACCAGUGGUCUGAUGGAAGCAGUUCCCAGUACCGAAACUGGUACACGGAUGAACCUUCCUGUGGAAGUGAAAAGUGUGUUGUGAUGUAUCAUCAACCAACUGCCAAUCCUGGCCUUGGGGGUCCCUACCUUUACCAGUGGAAUGACGACAGGUGCAAUAUGAAGCACAAUUACAUUUGCAAGUAUGAACCAGAGAUUAAUCCAACAGCCCCUGUAGAAAAGCCUUAUCUUACAAACCAACCAGGAGACACCCAUCAAAAUGUGGUUGUUACUGAAGCAGGCAUAAUUCCCAAUCUAAUUUAUGUUGUUAUACCAACGAUACCACUGCUCUUACUGAUACUAGUUGCUUUUGGAACCUGCUGUUUCCAGAUGCUACAUAAAAGUAAAGGAAGAACAAAAACUAGCCCAAACCAGUCCACAUUGUGGAUUUCAAAGAGCACCAGAAAGGAAAGUGGCAUGGAAGUGUAAUAAUUCAUUGAUUUGGCUCCUGAAAUGAAAAUACAAUUUUAUAAUUCUGGAUCUGUAUAAGGAACGGCAUCAGAACAUUAGCUUGGAAUGGCUUGAAACCUCAAAGGAUCUUCAAGAUGAACUGUAAGCUCCCCCUUGAGGCAAAUAUUAAAAUAAUUUUAUAUGUUUAUUAUUUCAUUUACAAAAUAUGCUGUGCUAAUAAUGGAGUGAGACAUGCUUAUUUUGCUAAAGGAUGCACCCAGACUUUGAGUAAAUGGAAUGGACCAUGCAGGUAAAAUUGCUAUCAACACAUCAGGAGUAUGUGUAUUGAAAGCAGUUAUUUUCUUUUCUCUCACCUUUCAUAAGUUGUAAUCUAGUUAAUGUAAUGUAAAUUGUAUUGAAAUCUACAGUGUGCAAAAUAUUUUACCUUUGCAUAAGUGUUUGAUAAAAAUGGACUGUUCUAAUAUUUAUUUUUAUGGUGUUUCAUUUUUCAGUACAUACUGUUUUGAUUAAAGAAAUUUAUUACUGUUGUCAUCUGACUCCACACACACAAAUAUAUUACCAUAGAAAAAGUUUCUUUUCAAGAAAUGGUUCGUCAUCUUUCAGCUUCUCUGCUUUUGGUCAGUGAAUGUUUAGGAAACCUCUUCAGAAAUAAGAAGCUAUUUCAUUAACUGUGGUACAAAUUUCCUCAAACAUUUUACGUACAGGCAAGAAUUGUCCAAUUUCAAUUGUGCAAGACAUGUGCCUUACAAUUAUUUUUAGUUUAAAAUUCAACAGAUUUUGUAAUAAGAUAACUUUAUUAAUGCUGUACAAACAAUGAUGCAGUCUAUCUGAACAAAAGAAGUGGCAUAUACAGUAUAAAUCAUAUGUCUUCACAUGUUGCCUAUAUAACUACAAGCAGCUCUCUGAGGGUCCUAAAAUCAAUGUGGUCCCUCUCUUGCUCACAAAACAUAAAUGGUGGUUUGGGGUUUGGGAUUGACCCUGGAGGCAGAUAGUCGCAGAGGUUGUCAAAGUUUUCCCUAGCUGCGUUUAGCCUCUAAAUAUAUUAGUAGAUGGUGAAGUCUUACAGUUGGGACCAGGUAAUGGUCAACAUCAGUGUGGAGCUAAGCACAGUACACUGACAAUUCAGGAAGGAAAGAAACCAUGAAUUCAUGUGAAAAUGGGUUGGAGUCCUUCAAUGGUUGAAUAUUCGUUGGUGAGGGUUUGCUUUAGAUAGUAAAUGGCAGCUCCUUUCUGUCUUAUCUCCUUCUAGUGUCUUCAAUGCCUGUGUCUUGUUCUUUGCAAGAAAGAGUUGUAACUAUCUGGUCUUCAAAUGUCCCUGUGCUCCUUUUAACCAAAUAAAGAGUUCUUGUUUCUGAAGAA